AUGUCUGGAUCAAUUUUAAAAUAUGUUGCACCUUCAACAUCUACCGCAGUAGGAGAAAGUGCUGAAGACAUUCGGUCUGUUGAAUCCAGAGGUGAAAUGCCUGAAGUAUCUUCUCAAGAAGCUUCAUAUGUGAAAGCGCAAGAAUUGGAGAAGAUCAUUUUAUCUUCAAGUGGUGAAAGCGAUGUAGACGAAGGAGAUGCCAGCAGAAGCCUGCAUCAGCAAGACUCUGAUGAUGAAGAAGAGGAGACUGUUCAACUGUCGGUUUAUUCUGAUGUUGCUGCUUGGCCAGUUCCAGUUCCAGAUGUUUUAAGAGUGCACCUUAUUAAGAGGGGAAGUGAACCUUUCCAAAAUAGAGAUGGGCCACUCAGUCCUGUUGAAAGGCAAGGAGAGAAAUCAAAAGGGAGGAGUCAACAGCUGACCACUGCAUGGUUCUAUAAGGCUCUGCCUAAUGGCGAAAAAAUUCUUAGAACGUGGAUGGUGUUUGUUUUGUUUUUGCUGCAGACUUUUUGCUGUUGA